AUGGUCCACAUCGAUACUGAUUUUAAUAUCCGUUUCGGCCGUCCUUUGGAAAUGGAGGAUCCAAGCAAGAUAGACACAAUCCAAGACAUUUUCACCGGUGUUUCUGGUGUGAAGUAUAUGAGCAUCUCACAUCCUACUCUUGCGGUCCUCUACUUAUAUUCUGUAAAGAUUCCCAAAUUCCACAACUUGCGUAGUUUGCAGGCUGACUUCUCUUGCUACAUGUUAAAAUUGUUGCCAGUGUUUCUUGAGAGCUGCCCAAAUCUAACCGACCUCACAGUGGACAUUGAAGCUUUUCCCUUGCUGCCAGAGCAACUUGACCUUAGAGAUGUUCCUCGGUGUUUAAGAUCGACCCUUAAGCGUGUCUUUAUUAACAAACUGAUAAUGAAGGAGUAUACUGGGAUCAAACUAGUGAAUUACUUUCUUGAGAAUUCAGCAGUGCUCAAGGAACUUACUGUGAGUUUCGUUGACUCUCCUCUGACCAACCACAAGCGAGAGAUCUUCAAAAACCUUCUUACACCCACAAAGCUUUCUCGCAGAUGUCAAGUUUACAUUUAUUGA